GGGGUCAUCAACUACUUGGAGAUCCAUAGAUAAAGUAACCCAACACCCCAAAAUUAAGCUCAUCUUCUUUCUGCAAGAACCAAGAAAUGGAGGGAUUCGACGGCGGUUGCUGGGAUUAUUGACAACGAAGUGACCCCGAAGAAAGCUGUUCCCUCCCUCCAUUGCAUUGACUAACUUAAACAAGUGAGAAUUUCUGCUGACGUUUUACAUACAACAGAUUAAGGAAUUUAAAACAAGGGUUUUAAUCUUCUUCAUCUUUUUCUUUCGUAUUGAUUUCGAGAUUGGUAAACAUCGUCGGAGUUAUCAAACCGUCGGGUCCCGAGCCGAUUCCGGUAAGGUCGGAUUCGGUCGAGGGAGUUCCGAUCCGGUUGAGGCGGUCCCACUAAAAAAAUCUCACAACACGAGAGUUGUCAACUAUAUAUUCCCCAUCCAAAACAUCACCUCCCCAAAGACCAAAUUAAAAGAUGGUGAAACAACAAGACACCAAUGGAGGAGCUCAAGUCCUUGCCCUUCCACUCUUACAGGACCCCAAGUCCUUGGAAGCUCAAACUUCGUCGCAACAAGGGGCCUCAUUUUCCGGGGCUGUCUUCAACAUAUCGACCACAAUGAUUGGUGCCGGUAUCAUGUCGAUUCCGGCAACCACCAAGGUCCUCGGCGUAAUUCCUGGCUUGCUUCUGAUACUGUUGGUCGCUUUCUUUGUGGAAGUCACGGUGGAGUUCCUGCUCAGGUACACCAACUCCGGUGAGUCUGAAACGUACGCCGGCAUGGUGGGGGAGUCUUUUGGGGCGUGGGGUUCGGUGGCUGUGCAGAUUUGUGUCAUUGUCACCAACCUUGGUUGCCUCAUCAUUUAUUUCAUCAUCAUCGGGGAUGUGCUGUGUGGGAGUCAGUCUGGAGGAACGUUGCAUUUGGGCAUUCUGCAAGAAUGGUUCGGCAUCCACUGGUGGAAUUCUCGCGCUUGGGCACUGCUCUUCGUUGCAGUCUUCGUGAUGCUUCCGUUAGUCUUGUUACGCCGAGUAGAUUCACUAAGGCACACUUCGGCAGUAUCCAUUCUGCUAGCAGUGCUUUUUGUUGUCAUAUGUUCUGCAAUGGCAAUUUACGCGUUGUGCAAAGGGAAGACUCAGAAACCGAGGUUGUUUCCAGACUUUGCAAAUCAAGUCUCGGUGUUUGAUCUUUUCACCACCAUCCCAGUUCUUGUGACAGGUUUCGGAUUCCAUGUCAACGUUCAUCCAAUUCGAGCAGAGCUCGGCAAACCAUCUGAUAUGAGAUCAGCUACUCGGAUUGCUCUCCUGAUCAGUGUUGUCAUUUACUUUUCUAUCGGAUUCUUCGGAUACCUACUCUUUGGUGACUCAAUAAUGGACGAUAUUCUAGUAAACUUCGAUCAAACUUCUGAUUCCACAUCCGGACAGAUAAUCAAUGACGUUGUUCGAUUAAGCUACGCAGUUCACCUCCUUUUCGUGUUUCCUAUCAUGAACUUUUCCUUGAGGGCCAACAUAGAUGAAUUACUCUUCCGAAAUAGGCCUGUUUUAGCCGAAGACACCUCAAGAUUUCUGCCCCUCACUCUUUUCCUGCUCUCCUUCACAUACAUUGUGGCAAUAGCCAUCCCAAACAUUUGGUAUUUCUUUCAGUUCAUGGGAUCCACCACCGUUGUUUUCCUCUCGUUUAUAUUCCCGGCAUCUCUCAUCCUCAGGGAUGGACACGGUAUAUCAACGAGGAGGGACAAGAUCAUCGCGAUUUUCGUGAUUAUUUUGGCCGUGGCGACGAGCUCAAUUGCAAUAUCCACCACUUUGUAUAACUCUGCUAAAGGUUAGCCAUCUUAUGAAUUCGAACAACUAAUUGGCAGAUGAGGGGCAUAGGUUCUUGCAAGCCACAAAAAAUCAAACUAUUGAAUUCGUCAAAUUUGUAUUUGUUGUAAUUAUAUUUGGUCAUUAAAAUCUGCAACAACUUUGAUACAUCAUGUGCAACGAAUGUUCAUUCUUAACCAACUCAGUUCAUGGAGAAAAA